AUGGAUGAACCGCCACAAAAGAGAGCGCGCCACGCCAACGAAUCUGUGACAUGCACUUCAGCAGCAAAGGUGCCAGAGGCAGCACAAGAAGCAGAGGCAAGAGAAGCAGAGGCAGCAGAGGCAUCAGACGCAGCAAAUUCGACGCUGCGGGCCGAGUCAGCUGGGCUGCUGGCCGAGUUGGCAGGGCGGACUUCCACACACCCAGAUGGCAACAAUGCCAAACAAACCUUAGCAGUGCUGGGACUUGGCAAUCCUGAUGGAUUGUCCCGGCGAGAAAGGCACAGCUUGGGAGCAAGGGUGGUUGCAGCAUUGGCUGACAGCGCUUGCUCCUCCUCACUUCGGCUGCUGGAAUCUGAUUGCAAGGACCUGGCCGGAGCCAAGUGGUUGACACGGGGUGGGACCAAAGCGCUUCUACUACAGCCGACUCGACCAAUCAACGACAGUGGACUGCAACUGCGCUCUGCAUUGGACACCUUGGAACUGCUCACCACGCCUUUCUUGGCGAUCGUGGAUGACUGCUGGUUGCCGCUUGGAUCUAUCCGAUUUCGUGAGAAGGGCUCCAGUGGGGGUCACAAAGGCUUAGAGGGAAUAGAGGCGAUUUUCGGCAAGCAACACUACCACAGGCUGCGCUUAGGCAUCGGGGGCAAGAACCUGAAGGAGUUUGUGACGGGAUCCUUCACCGACGAAGAGGAGUCUCUUCUUCAGCCGGUGAUUUCAGCAGCUGUGUCUGCUGUGGAGACGUGGCUAUCUCUGGGGCCAUCUGCAGCGCAGAAGAUCAUGAGCAUUGUGAACGCCCCCACUUUUGUGAAGCAACCGCCACCUCCAGUCCCAUCAAGGAGUUGA